AUGGAUUCACUAAGAAAUUUUUGGAUACCAUUGGUUUGUAAGAGGUUGGAAGUGAAUCUCUGCAUUAUACACCAGGAAAGCUUGUGCACAAAAUUACUUGGCUUUACUGAUGUUAUGAAAAAUGUUGUUCAAUGUGUGAAUUACAUUCAUGCUCAAGGACUAAAUCAUUGGCAAUUUAAAGCCUUCUUAGAAGAACUUGACUUGGAUUAUUUUGAUGUUGUGUACUUCUCUGCAGUGCGUUGGCUCAGUAGAGCUGCUAUUUUGAAAAGAUUUUGGAACCUAAGAAAGGAGAUUGGAUUAUUCAUGGUAAAUAAGCAACAAGAUGUUGCUUAUUCAAAUGAUGCUGAUUGGUUAAAUGAUAUUGCUUUCCUAACUGAGAUCACACAACAACUUUCAGAUUUAAAUGUUAAACUACAAGGUAAAAGUCAGCUGGUGAACAAGAUGUUUAGGCACAUUUGUUCCUUUGAAAAGAAACUACAACUUUUUCAGACUGAGCUGAGUAGAACAGCACUCACUCAUUUACUCAGGCUAGCUGACAGAAAAGUAGAAAUGCUAGAUUUGGAUUGUUCCAAAUAUGCUGAGUGUUGGCAAGUUGUGUGCUGA